AUGGAGAACGAAACAUACAAUAUGGAUGUUCUGCAGCUGGAGGGGUUAAUAGUCAAUCCCAAGUCCUCCAUUCCUGCCUUCAUCCUUCUCCUCCUCAUCUACAUCUUCAUCAUGGUGUCCAACAUCGGCCUGGUGGUCCUGAUCUUCACGAACAGGAGCCUCCACGAGCCCAUGUACCUGCUCUUCUGUAACAUGAGUAUUAACGAUGCAUUCGGGGCCACGGCCGUCAUUCCUCCCUUGCUGAGUGAUGUUUUUGUUCCAGUGACGCAGCGGUUCAUCCAUUAUUACGAGUGCGUCAUUCAGGCCUUCUGUGCUCACUUUCACGGGGGCACCUCACACACUGUGCUUAUUAUCAUGGCUUUUGAUCGCUACGUGGCGAUCUGCAACCCUCUGCGAUAUGCCACCAUCAUGACCAACAGGAUGGUGGUGAAGCUGUCGGUGUCGGCGUGGAUGGUGGCCUUCCUCUUGAUUGCGGUCAGCGUAGGACUCAGUAUCCGCUUGUCGCGCUGCAGGCGGGUUGUGCUCAACCCGUUCUGCGACAACGCUUCCCUGUUCAAGCUCUCCUGUGAAAACAUCAUCAUCAACCAUAUAUACGGCCUCGUCAGUGCCAUGGGCAUGAUGGCGGUGUCCCUGUGCAGCGUAGCACUAACCUACCUGAGGAUCACCAUGGUGUGUUUGAGCAGUAAGAACAAGGUCCUGAACAGCAAAGCGCUGCAGACCUGUGCCACCCACCUGGCUGUGUACAUCAUCCUGCUCGUGUCAGGCUGCGUCAUCAUCAUCCUCCAUCGUUUCCCCAACUUAUCAGACGAAAGGAAGCUGGCAUCUAUCUUGUUCCAUGUGGUUCCUCCUUCCAUGAACGCUCUUAUCUACGGACUGCAAAUCAAAGCGGUCAGAGAAAAACUUCAGAUUAUACUCAGAGGAAUGAACAACAGGAGUAAAAUGACUGUGUCAGAGGUGAAGUAA